AUGCAUGUGAUGUCGCUGGUAGAUCCGAUGGCGGAAGACAUGAGUAAAAGGUUGGAGGAUUUUGCAAAAUGUAUGGGUUGUGUGGCUGCACAGUCGGUUUCGAUGGCAAUGGAUAUCGUUCCGCGAGGAGUCAGCAAAGGAUUAGGCGUGAAAGUUUUGAAGGAGAAAUAUGGAUAUGCUUGCCUUGCAUGUAUCGGAGAUGCGAUGAACGAUUAUGAUAUGCUAAUUGAGGCGGACGUUCCCGUUGCAAUGGGAAAUGCUAUAUCUCAAAUAAAGGUAGUGUAA